CUCAUAAUAAUAUUAAUAUUGCACACAUGUUCAGGAAAACUCGAUACAAAGCAAAGACGACGUAAACGUUAUUAUUACGUCCCCUAGGCCUAUCGAAAUCUUUUGUUUGAAGGAACACCGAAAUUUCGUGUUGCUAACGCUUCCACAGUCAUCACUAAGGAAGCUCAGAGACCCCUUAUGGUGUAUUUGAAGAACACUCUAAAACACACCCUGUAUUAAUCAGUUUCAUAUUAUAGUUCAGUUCAGUUUUGUUCUGAAGGAACAUCAAUAUGGCUAUGAGAACAGGCGGAGCUGUGCGUAAUGCCGUUAGUGCGGUCAGAGGCGACAUCCAGGAUGUCCUCCAGUCUGGAAACUUCUAUGUGACAGAGGAAAUCGCAAGAGAGUUGUCUGUGAUAAACAAUGCCCUGGAACAUAUUGCCCUGGAUGAUACAUUUUUAUCCACUUCUCAAGACUGGCGCAGUAAACCUGGCAACUUCACCUCAAGACAGACCAAUGAACACAUGUCCGGUGCUUUGAGUGCCGUCAAUCAAGUUGGCAACAGAUUGUAUGAUUACAAAAGUAAAUUGGCAAAUCGUAAUAUUCUUGGAAAACAAGAAAAUGAACUUAGAGAAUUGCACCAGUGGGCUAUUUCAUCCCUCAAGAGUUCUCAGAAGGACAUGGAGCCAUACACUUUGGAUGCCGCUGACCGCAUCAAGCAAUUUGGAGACACCAUGGGGGUCACUGACCGCUACACAGGAUACCGUCAAAAUUUGACAAGAGGAACAAGAGAUUCUUUCAAAAUGCAAACAUCUUGGAUGGAUAAAAAUGGAGAAAUUGGGCUCAUGAAUAAUUUGGACCGAUCUCAUACCACAAUUGGAAGUCCAGGCCUGGAUCAACGCGUGAUGAACAGAACUGUGAGGACUGUUGGUGAGCCCAGUCUAGAAUUUAGUGAGUUUGGCGCUGUGCCCCCUUCCAACAUCGGAGCCAUGAAGAAACAGAUCAGAUUUGGAGACUGCAACCCUGGAAUGAGGGUUACCAGAGGUUACAGAACAAUCGACUCCCUGUACCCCAAGUCUACUGGCCCUCUUGAUGGCGGAGCAGCUCGGAGCUCCAAUGUGAUGAACGAGGUGAAGACGCUCAACGCCAUGAAUGCUGCUUCUCAGUAUGAGAGGAUGGAAAAGCUGGCGAACCAGAGACCAGCGACCACAGCGCCGUACGAGAAAAUGAGUGUCCAAGAGCAGGCUGGCAUCAACACCACAUUCCCUGGGAGAACUGAGUACAUGCAACGCUUCAAGGCCCCCGAUACUGACGUCCCGACCUCCGACUUUAGGAUCAACCCAGCCCCCAACUUUGGCAUCUACGGCAGGCCCAUGCAGACAGCUCGCUAUGUUCCCAGCUUCACAGAGUAUCAGACUCGUUAUGAGUGGCCAGAUGCAGAGAAGAUUGUUAAGCUGCCUUGGCUCAGAAACUGAACAUUACGUUAACAUCUCUGCCUCAAAUGCAUUUGAAGAAUCCAUGUAUACUCCAUUGAGAUUGACUGUUUUCUUUGCUUUUGUUUUCAAAUGUUUGUUUUUAACUGUAUAGGAUGAUUUGAGAAAUAUAUACACAUCCUGGUUUUUGUUAUCAGAAGCAAUAUAGAUAGUUUGGAGCAUUAUAUUGAUGAAGUUUACUGAUGGAGAAAUGUUCGUAGAGAAGAUGAAAGAUGAAAAUAUUUCACUUUGAUUUAUACUUCUCAUUUUUGCUUGUGAAAAAUUCAGGGAGAUCUUAAGACUACUAGAGUAGAUUGUUAUAUCUUUUGUUGUAAGAGCUGUCUUGUUGUAGAGAAAUAUGUUUUUUACUCAUGAAGGUAGAGUCACUGUAGUCUUAGCACUAACUUCCAAGAAGUUUUGUCUGUGUAACACUCAGAAUGAAGGUAAAACUGGUUUUGAACCUAUGGAAACCUUGAGGAGUGGAUAAGUAACCUUUGCCAAAAGUGAAAUCCGUACAUGAUGUUGUUGGCAGUAUGCCCCGUUUUUUAAAAACAGGAUUCUUUUCAUCACCGGUACUUUACAAACCGGAGCAGUGAUGUGGCCUGGACGUCCAUGAAGGCAUGUGAUCCUUUGACCCCUAGCUUGUCAUCACAUGAAAAUUUCAAAAUAUACUAAUGAAAACAUCAUUAACCUGAAAAGUCAUCAAAGCUUGGUAACUAUUGCUGUUGCUAGUUACAACAACUUUAGUCUUCUCGUUGAAGGGUGGUGAAAUGCCAGUGUUUUAUCACCUUAUGUCUGUGGUCAGACAAGUGGUGAAGUUCUCACUUCAGGCCCAACUCCGGUGUUGGUUUCUAUAACAAUAAUAUAGAGUGGUGUUCGCUUAGACUGAAAUUUGUGAGACUACCGAAUUUUCUUCAGUUUAGCCAGGUUUUCGGUUUAGAGAGACUGCUGAACUAGAAGAAAAAAAAGGGGGAGAUUAAUUUACUUUCGGGUUACCUCUGUUUUCGGAUCAGUCGUGUUCGGUUUAAGUAAACUCCACUGUGUAUGUGGGUGCCUGAAAGUGGAUAGAUAUCCUAUCAUAAUUUCUUUCAAACUUUAAGGGAUGAAAAAAUAUUGAUACUCAUGACUUUUUAUGAGGUAUUGAAAUAUUUGUGAGAGAAAAAAAUAUUUUCAUUGUGAACAUUUAAAAAAAUGUUACUGGCCCUUCAAACUCAAACAGAGAGAUAGCUUUAAAUUACACUGCUGAACAUAUAUUUUUGCUAUGCUAUGUAUUACCACUAUAUAUUUUGUCAUUGUCAAUUUUGGCAAACUUGCUUACUACAAUCAGAAUGUGCAACUGUGUAGUGUAACAUAGAAGACUGUAAAAUUUGUACAAAAUCUCAAAUGCACAGUACAGUCAUGAAUGAUGAAAAGACCUGCCAUAAUGCGACUAUAAAACUUAACAGUAUUACAUUUUUGUUUUGAAGCAAUAACGCUGCUUUACCUGUAGGCUUUUUUCCGUCUAUAAAUUUCCUUCUUGUUUCUAUUCAUAAUGCUUUUUUCUAUACCUAGAAUAGAACCAAGCAGUUAGUUAUAUAUUUCAUUUUGUAGGCAAUUCAGUAGGAGUUAGUAAUUAGCCUAAUUCUAAGCACCUAUGACUGUAAUGAAUCUAAUGAAAAUUUUAAUCACAGCUCAUUGAAGCAAUUAUUAGAUUUGCUUCCAUACAUGCAUGUAGUUUCUUUUUUAGUCUCUUAAAAUGUAUUCCGGAACAGAAGUUUAAAAUGUAAGUUGUAUAUUCCUAUGUUUUUCUUUUUUAAGUACGAAAUGUUUCCGAAAUAGAUUCCAAACGACAUAUUUUAGGAACAACUACAAUAUAAAUGGAAGCAAUGAAAGAAGUUAAAAUGAAACUCUCAUUUAUUAUUUAUAUAUAAAAGAAAAAACAACUGUACGUAAUUAAAAUGCCAAAUAUGGCUCAAGUAUUUAGUGAGCCAUAUAUUAGUACUGUACAUUGUAUUGUGAUAGUGCACUGAGGGUGGAAAAGAAUGCCUAUGCCAAAGGCUAGUCUUCAUACAUUUUUUGCCAUUUUGAACAGUGGAUAAGUUUUGUGUCUCAUUACUGUUAACACCUUAGCGACCAGCGAUCCAACAUGCGUAAAACUGGCUGACCAGCCAGGACCAUGCAUGCUUUAAAUAUUUGUACGAGAGAAUUUGCCAAGUAUAAAUUGUACUAAGAUUAGAAGAGGUUAUUUUCAGAAAUGAAAAAUAAAACAUUUUCAUUUUCACAUCAAUUUAGCAAAAAUCUGGAAUUUAUUGACUUCUUCUAGGCUUACAGAAAGUGGGACAGCUUUGUUUAGACAAAAAAUUUGAACAAUGAAAUUGACUCUCCGUGUCACUGGUCUUGAAAGUAAUGCUGCCAGGAAAUAAAGUUAUUAUAAAUAAGAUUCUUUGGUGGUCACGAAGGUGUUAAAACAAGGCUUACAAAAAGAGCACUUAAAACUCAAAGAAAUUUUCUAUGGUAUGAGAUAUGUUUUGGUCAAUGUAUGCACUUAUUUGACUUAUGUUGUCUGUCAGUAUUAUUGAUGACCCAAAUCUGAAAAUAAAGAGUCUCAUUUAUUUUUUUUUUCAA